AUGGUUACGAUCAGUGCGGUUCACAGUGAUCUCAUUCACGAUGCCGAGUUGGACUACUAUGGGAAACGGCUGGCCACGUGCAGCAGUGACAAGACGAUCAAAUUGUUCGAGGUAGAUGGCGAGAACCAGAAGCUUUUGGACACGCUGCGAGGGCACGAAGGCCCAGUGUGGCAGAUCGCGUGGGCGCAUCCCAAGUUUGGAGUUAUUCUGGCUUCGUGCUCUUAUGACGGCAAGGUGCUGAUUUGGCGCGAGGAGAACGGGCAGUGGUCCAACAUCUCUCAACAUACUGUCCACCACGCGUCGGUAAACAGCGUACAAUGGGCACCUCCAGAGUACGGUGCGGCGUUGCUGUGUGCUUCGUCUGAUGGCACGGUUUCGGUACUCGAGUUCAAGGACGAAGUCAAGCCCGAUAGUGUUGUGAUUCCUGCUCACCAGAUUGGCGUCAACGCAGCCGCAUGGGCUCCGGCAUUGCCUGGUGCUACCGAGGGUCCCGCCGCACGCCGGUUCGUGACGGGUGGCAGCGACAAUCUGGUCAAGGUCUGGAAAUACGACGCUGGCCAAAAGCAGUACGUCGAAGAGGCGACUCUUGAGGGCCACACUGACUGGGUUCGCGACGUAGCUUGGUCACCGUCCCUGCUAGGCAAGUCGCACAUCGCCUCGGCCUCGCAGGACAAAACGGUGGUUAUCUGGACACAAACCGCCGACGAAAAAUGGGAAAAGAAGCUUCUCAAGCACGACAAGUUCCCGGACGUGGUCUGGCGCGUCUCCUGGUCGCUUUCUGGCAACGUGCUCGCGGUCUCGGGCGGGGACAGUAAAAUUACUCUUUGGAAAGAGAACCUGCAGGGCGACUGGGAGCCCGCAGGCGAAGUUAGUGAGUAG